AUGAUAGUGCACCAUGUGAAGGGGCGUCGCGUGCAACUGCUGCUGGCAGUGACGCUAGCCGCGACCGCCCUGGUGGUGCUCUGGGUAUGUCUGGGCAGCCAGGAGCCGGCGGUAGCCCCCCUGCCAGAGCCGCGGCUCACCCGGGACCUGCGCACCGCCUGCCGCCUGCUGCUGCGGCCCGACCACGAUCUGCCGCUGACAUCCCGGGAGCGCGUGACCUGGGUGUGCGGCCGGCUGGGCGUGCUACUGCCGUGGCGGCGCCAGUUCGGCUGCGGCCGUCGGGUGACCUACGAGCCGGCCGGCAGCCUGGAGCAGGACCUGCUGCGCUACGCGGUGCUGUUCGGCCUGCAGCAGCUGCUGCGCGCUGAGUCGCUCGUAGAGCCGCGCAUGCUGGAGGUGCUGCAGCCGACGUUACCCGGUCUGACGCUGCCGGUGCUGUCGCCGGGGCCGCCCCAGGAGCGGUGGCAGCCGGUGGCGUUCUGGCCUGCUCUGGACCAGGUGCGCUGCCGACCUGGCGAGGUGUCCGGCGUCUCUGAGCCGCAGCGGUACCGGCUGCGGGGACCUCCCGACGGCAGCGCGCUCAGCCUGCUCCGGCCGUUCGAGGAGAGCCUGCGCCGCGAGCUGCGGCUGAGCAGCGCGCUGCAGCGGGACGCCGACAGAGUCCUGCUGGCGGCGCUCGGCCGGCGCCCGUCUGCCACCUACAUCGGCGUGCUGCUGCCACCGGACGGACGGCGCGCCGCCGUGCCGCCCCAGUACCUCCGCAACAGCCUGAGCCACUACCGACGCCGCUUCAGUGACGCACUCUUCAUAGUGGUGGUGCCCAAUGUGUCGGAGACCUCACUAGUCUCCACGCUGAUGAUUGAGAGCGACGUAACUCUGCUGCCGGCAGAGGUGGCGGCUGACCCUUCUCUCUCGCUGGCUGUGCGCGCUGCCUGUAACCACUCGGUAGUGACGGGAGACGAGGGGUUCUGGGGCGCCUUCCUGGCCGGUGGCCAGGUGACCGUGCCGCCUCCGGAGCGCUCCGACGCCGAGGGUUUCGGCUGGCUGCGGCUCACCACCCAGCUGGCCGACGACCCGCGGUGGACCGUCGUCAGAUGA